UCUCUCUCUCUCACUCUCUUUCUGUCGUCUUCUUUUCCUCUUUCUUUUCUGGUGCCAUGAUCGCGCAAAUAGAAAUUCAUGUUAAUGAAUGAGCAAUAAUCUUUUUUUUCUCUCUCGAUAUAUAAAAGUGUUUUUCUAGCCCACAUCAACCUAUUUAAUCCAGUUUGCCCCCUUCUUCAUCUAAUCCCUUUAUUAUUCUGACAAAGAAAACAACACACACAUACAAUCAACACACUGGAAGAGAAACAUCAUCAUCAUCAUCAUUUUCUUCGUUGUUGAAGAGAAGACACUUUUUUAUAUAUUAUAAUAAUAUAUUAAUAUAUCUUUAUAAUAUAUUCGUGUGUGUGUGUGUGUGUUUGUGUGUAUAUACGUUUGUUUGGUUCUCUCUAAUUUUUUGUUGGUUCUCUUCUUCUUCUUUUUUUUUCUUUGGUGUAACAUCAUCAUCAUUUCUUUAUACUUUUUUUCUUCUUCAUCAUCUCUUGUCUUAAUACCAAACAAACGGAGGAAAAACAAACACCUUUAAUAUUAAUCAACCACAGCCAUGGAGUUGGCCCAUUGUAAAACCUACCAGGAAGUGCUUGAUAAUUUCUCAACUGACCCGGAGAGAGGAUUAACUGAAGAUCAAGUUAAAAGGAACCAAGCCAAGUAUGGUCUUAAUGAAUUACCCACUGAAGAGGGUAAAUCAUUGUGGCAAUUGGUUUUGGAGCAAUUUGAUGAUCUUUUAGUGAAAAUUUUACUUCUUGCGGCCAUUAUAUCAUUUGUGCUUGCUUUCUUUGAAGAAGAUGAUGAAUCUGUAACAGCCUUUGUCGAACCUUUUGUCAUUUUACUCAUUCUUAUUGCCAAUGCUGUGGUUGGUGUUUGGCAGGAAAGAAAUGCUGAAAGUGCAAUUGAAGCCCUUAAGGAAUAUGAACCUGAGAUGGGAAAGGUUAUUCGGGCUAACAAACAAGGUGUACAAAAAAUUAGAGCCAAAGAAAUUGUUCCUGGAGACUUGGUUGAAGUCUCAGUUGGUGACAAAGUUCCCGCUGAUAUUAGAUUAGUCAAGAUAUACUCAACGACCCUAAGGAUUGACCAAUCUAUUCUUACUGGUGAAUCUGUCUCUGUGAUUAAACACACCGAUGCUGUACCAGAUCCAAGAGCUGUUAACCAGGAUAAGAAGAAUAUUUGUUUCUCGGGUACAAAUAUUGCUGCUGGUAAAGCGAGAGGUAUUGUCAUCGGUACUGGUCUUGAAACCGCUAUUGGUAAGAUUCGUACUGAGAUGAGUGAAACCGAAGAGGUUAAAACUCCACUUCAACAAAAGUUAGAUGAAUUCGGUGAACAAUUAUCUAAAGUUAUCUCAAUCAUCUGUGUUGCUGUAUGGGCUAUUAAUAUUGGACACUUUAACGACCCCGUUCAUGGUGGCUCUUGGCUAAAGGGUGCCAUCUAUUACUUCAAGAUUGCUGUUGCACUCGCUGUCGCAGCUAUCCCAGAAGGUUUACCUGCUGUGAUUACCACUUGUUUAGCCUUAGGUACCCGAAGAAUGGCCAAAAAGAAUGCCAUUGUUCGAUCUCUACCUUCAGUAGAAACCUUAGGUUGUACCUCAGUCAUUUGCUCAGAUAAGACUGGUACUCUUACUACCAAUCAGAUGUCAGUUAGUAGGUUUUUCAUCGUCAGAGAUGCUUCUGGUAACGACUGUGAAUUAGAUGAAUUUGAAGUUACCGGAUCAACAUACGAACCUAUUGGUGAAGUUUUCAUCAAAGGACAACGAGCAAAAUCUAGUGAUUACGAUCAAUUAUUCGAAAUGACCACCAUUUGUGUUAUGUGUAAUGAUUCCAGUAUUGACUUUAACGAGUUCAAACAAGCCUUUGAGAAAGUCGGUGAGGCCACCGAAACUGCUCUUAUUGUAUUAGCUGAGAAAUUAAAUCCAUGGGGUUACAGUAAAUCUGGAUUAAGUCGUCGAGAUGCUGCCUUAGUAGUUAACCACAAUAUCCAAUCCAUGUGGAGGAAAGAAUUUACCCUUGAAUUUUCUCGAGAUCGAAAAUCAAUGAGCUCUUUCUGUAUUCCCAAGAAGGUUGACAAACUAGGACCUGGACCAAAGAUGUUUGUCAAAGGUGCUCCCGAAGGAGUUCUUGACAGGUGUACACACAUUCGAGUUGGAGACCGAAAAGUUCCAAUGACCGAAGGUAUUCGAAAUCGAAUCUUGGAAACAACCAGACAAUAUGGUACAGGAAGAGAUACCCUUCGUUGUCUUGCCCUUGCCACAAUUGAUGCCCCAAUGACUCCUGAUGAAAUGGACCUUAAUGAUUCUAACAAAUUUAUCAACUAUGAGGUCGGUUGUACUUUAGUCGGUGUUGUUGGUAUGUUAGAUCCUCCUCGUAAGGAAGUUUUUGACUCAAUCAUGAGAUGUCGAGCUGCUGGUAUUCGAGUUAUCGUAAUUACUGGUGACAACAAGGCUACCGCUGAGGCCAUUUGCCGUCGAAUUGGUGUAUUCGGAGAAGAUGAAGAUACAACUGGUAAAUCAUACUCUGGUCGGGAAUUUGAUGACUUACCUGUUCAUGAACAACGUGAAGCUGUUAGACAAGCUAGACUUUUCUCUCGUGUGGAACCAUCUCACAAAUCCAAGAUUGUUGAAUUUUUACAAGCUGAUGGUGAAAUUUCCGCUAUGACUGGUGAUGGUGUAAACGAUGCUCCAGCUCUAAAGAAAGCCGAGAUCGGUAUUGCUAUGGGAUCAGGAACUGCUGUUGCCAAAUCAGCUUCUGAAAUGGUUUUAGCUGAUGACAACUUCUCAUCUAUUGUCGCUGCCGUAGAAGAAGGUCGAGCUAUUUAUAACAACAUGAAACAAUUCAUUCGAUAUCUAAUUUCAUCCAACAUUGGUGAAGUUGUGAGUAUUUUCUUGACUGCCGCUCUUGGUCUUCCUGAAGCUUUGAUUCCAGUUCAACUUCUAUGGGUCAACUUGGUUACUGAUGGUUUACCAGCUACUGCUUUAGGUUUCAAUCCCCCUGAUUUAGACAUCAUGGAAAGACCUCCUCGACGAGCCAAUGAGCCACUUAUCACUGGAUGGUUAUUCUUCCGAUACAUGGCUGUUGGUACUUAUGUUGGUGCUGCUACUGUUGGAGCCGCUGCAUGGUGGUUCUUAGCAUCUCCCGAAGGACCUCAUCUUUCUUUCUAUCAACUUAGUCACCAUCUUCAAUGUCUCAGUGGUGACGAAGCAUUUGCAAAUGUAGACUGUGCCGUUUUCCGCGAUCCUCAUCCAAUGACUAUGGCCUUAUCUGUAUUAGUAACAAUUGAAAUGUUGAACGCUCUCAACAGUUUAUCUGAGAAUCAAUCUCUUCUUGCAAUGCCACCGUGGAAAAAUCCAUGGCUUUUGGGUGCUAUGGCUCUCUCAAUGGGUCUUCACUUCUUCCUUCUUUAUGUCGACGUUGUAUCAGUCAUCUUCUCCGUUUGCCCACUUAAUGCUGAGGAAUGGUGGACAGUACUCAAGAUCUCAUUUCCAGUGGUCUUAUUAGAUGAAGCUCUGAAAUUCAUUGCAAGAAAAUUCAUCGACUGUAAUACAACAGGUAACGCGGAACAAGUCAAUGUUAGAGGAGGUAAAAAGAAUUUAUAAAUCCAUCACAACAAAGUAAAACGAAGAAAAGAGUUUAAAAGUUAAAGCAAAGAAGAAGGAAAAAAAAUUUAAACUAUAAGCAAAAAUACGAGUUAAUUCAUUUUAAAGGAGAAUCGACACCAAAGAGAAAAAAAUUAAAAGAAAACAUCGGAUUAAAACAACAAGAAAGCAGCAGCAUCAUAAAUAUACACACACUACAUCUACAACCAACCAACCACACAAAGAAAGAAAGAAAAGAAAGUAAAAAAAAAAUUUACAGUGGAGUAUUCAGUUACCUUGUAACUCAACUAUAAAAAAAAUUGUAUUGUAUUUUUAGAGAUCUCGCCAUCUAUUGAGUCUACUGAGUCUACGAUCCCGGUCUAAUCAUAUUUUCAAUAAUUUAAAAUGGUCAAGAAAAAAAAAGGAGAUUCAAGAGAUUGGUCAUUUAAUCUCUUAUAUAUAUUAUAUAUAUAAAUACAUAUAUAUGCAUAUACAAAAAAAUUUAAACCCCAUGCAUCUGAUGUCAUCUUUUUAUCAUCAAACUAACUCAUACAGAAAACUACAACAUGUAUAAAAUCAAUAGAUGGCGAUGAAUCAACAAAAUCUUUUUCUUUUUCUCUCUCUCUCUCUCUCUCUCUCUCUCUCUCUCUCCCAAUUUACCUUUUCUCUUUCUUUUUUCUCCACCAAGACAACUGAGUAAAGCCACUGUAAAAAUCAUUAAAAAAACGAUAAAAAAAUAAAUAUUUACAGGUUACUCUGUGGUUCUGAUAACUAACAAAAAACACUUAUUGAAAUGAUCCAACCCUGUGAGACCCACUAGAUGAAGUGCAACUAUCAACUCAAAGGAAUUAGAAACAAUUAACUGAUUGUAAUGAUUUUAAUUUGAACAAAAAAUCUCCAAUAAUCAACAUCAAUUGGACUGAUCAUCUAAACGGAAUUUUUUUUAUUAAUCAAAAAGAGUUGACAACAAAAGUACAGUUAUAAAAGCUCAAAAUGAUCAACAAUUAAAUUCAAUGAUUUCGUUUAAUUUGAUUGAUAAAAACAACAAAAAAAUUAAAAAUAAAAAACAUAUAAUUAAUUUUAAUUCUAUAUUGUAA